CAAAUAGCUCAAGCGAAAGUAGGCCAUCGUAACAGCCGAGAGAUUUUAACGCAAGAAAAAUGACUUGAAAAGUCACUGAUAUGUGGAUUUUAAGCGAUCCACCAACAUGGUGCGAGAGACAAGAUACCUCUGGAUUGGAAAUUUACCAGAGAAAGCAAGCGAGGAGCGUAUAACUGAACAUUUUAAACGGUAUGGGAAGAUACAGAGUGUUAAACUUCAUCCCAAAAAGGAAGGAGACAGCGAUUUAUCAGCAACUGUUGCUUUUAUGGACAUAAGGUCGGCUUCCAAAGCCCACAAUUCAAAAAAUGAACUAGAUGAUAAAACUUUGUGCACAAACUUUGCAGAGCCCACUGCUUCGGGCAGCAUUGUCACCCGUACAUGUGAGGUAACAUCGCAGCUGCAACGAGAGGCCCCUGCAGCUUCAUCAGCACCUGCAGCACGCAGUGCAACUACGACAAACACUGCGGCCCCAGAAAGGGGUCGGUUUGAGCCCGCUCACGCUGGCCGCGGCACUCCAACUGCCAAAAGAGACGGGCUGGCAGAUGAUAGGACAGAGCAUGGCAACCGCAGCGAGAGGUCGACGCAUUCAGAGGAUAGACUAGAGUACCCGGAUGAUUAUCACCUCACACGGGAGAGAGGACGAGAGCGAGAGAGGUUUCCACGUGAGAGAAACUUCAGCCAAAGGACUCCAGAUGGCCAAACUUCUACACAACGCACAGACGACGCGGACACUAAAAGGUUCCACCGGCGAAAACUGAACCAAGCCAGCUCCGCGGCAACCAGGCAGUCAAGUUUAGAAAGUCAGGGAAGCGCCAAGGCAAAUAACAAGAAAAAUGCAGCCAAUUCGCGUCAGUUUCGAAGUCGGAAAUCGAGGUCGAGGUCGGCGGGAUCUACAUCGUCUAGCAUGUCCAGUGGGAGCUCAAGCAGCAGCAGGUCAAGGAGUCCAAGUAGCAGCAAGGCUCGAAGGUCGCAACUAGCGUCAAAGAUAGAGGGAGUGGUACCGUCAUCUGCGUCGGUAAAAGAUGAGACGACGAGUGAGUCAGGAGGAGAGAGGAAAAAUCUAGGGAUUUGUAUCACACGGCUGCCUCUGCGCUCUACAGACACCAGUCUGCGUGACGGGCUGUUUCAUGCGUACAAGAAACACGGGAAGGUCACGUCCGUCGUGAUUCAGGGAGAGACGGAAUCCAGAUUUGCUGUCGUCAGUUUCAAGAAGAGCGAAGAUGCUAAGAAGGCUCAGGAAGCGUCCAAUGAAAUGACUUUCUUUGGCUCCAAGAUUUCCGUCACCAGUCAUCCGGGUUACGAAGUAGAAGACAGUGAGUUCCGCCCCCCAGAGGCUGAGUUAGAUGAAUUUCAUCCGAAGGCGACAAGAACGCUCUUUGUUGGCAACCUGGAGAAAGAUAUAUCUCCUACACAACUGAAAGAGAUCUUCAAGGAAUUCGGUGAAAUAAUAGAUAUAGACAUCAAGAAACAGGGAGCAGUAACGGCCUAUGCCUUUGUUCAGUAUUCUGACAUCAGUAGUGUAGUGAAAGCUCUGAAGAAAAUGGACGGAGAGAGCAUCGGGCCCAAUAAGAUCAAGCUUGGCUUUGGUAAGAGCAUGCCCACGACCUGUGUUUGGAUAGAUGGCGUUGCAGACACCGUCACGGAAAAGUUCCUCUGUCGCCAGUUUGGGCGUUACGGACCCGUAAGUCACGCCGUGUUGGACAAACACAUCGGACGCGCACUCAUCUAUUUCGAUACUUUGGACUUUGCACAGCAUUCUGUGAGUGAAAUGCGGGGACGUGCUUUGGCAGGGAAGAAGAUCCAGAUUGACUUUGCCAGUAGAGACUGCCAGACCUCAUUCUUUGACAAGAUGCAGCGCUCGGGGCAGCUGCGUCCCGGAGAGCGCCCGGACGAGAGGGCAAUCAGGACCAAUCCAAAGUUUCCUGUCACUCCUACAUAUGAGGAACCAAGAGACCCGAGAGCAUUCCCAGCCAUGCGUCAGGACAUGUUUGAAGGGCGGGGGCGGGGCAGCACCUUCACUUCCGGCGGAUCACGGUCGCGGGGAGGAGGGACAAAUUCUCGGAAUUUCCGUGGCAGAGGAGGAGGCAGCAGGGGAAGCUUUUCUGAAGAUUUCCCAGGUUCUGGUUUCCAUGACGACUUCAGGGACAGAAGAAGGCAUUUUGAUGAAGUUGGCAGUCAACGGAGCUUCACUGAUGACUAUGAAAGUGAGCUAAGGGAUUAUGGGUAUUCACAGCGUGACCGCCAUGGCAGUCUAAGUCCGCCACCGCGGGAUAGAGACAGACAUUUUGAACGGCGGAGUUUGAGUCCGUAUGGUCACGGCUAUCCUCCAUCAGAGGGUAGCAUGCAUGGCAGUGCCAGAUUUGACGAUAGAUACGACGAGCACAAUGCUGAUCGAUUCAGCAGAGACACUGAGUGCCAGUCUGACAGCAGAGAAUCCCGCAGAGAACAUAAAGACCGGCCAACUGAGGAAAAAUUCCGUCCACAUGAAAAACGCUCUCGUGACCGUGAUGAGAGACGUGUACGCUCAAGAGACAGUAUUCCUGGACAGAGUCCACAAAGUAGCGAGUAUAGCAGUCAUGCCAGUCCCGCGGGCAACAGGAGUCGGAGCCUAAGCCCGAGAGAUAAAUCACGCGAUAAGGACAGGUCUAGUAGGCCUGCGACACCGCCUACACCGACAAGAGACGAACUACCUCAAAAUUCGAGAGGUGGACAGGAAAGUCCUAUGGAUUAUGAAACUUCGCAGUGGAAUUAUGGGAAAUAUCCUGAUCUUCGAAGCCAUAUAAAACGCGAAGGUCAUGACCCCACUGAUUUAGGCAACAGGAAGUAUGACAUAGAUAGAGGCUCUGCCAAAUCGGAGCAACUGUCUCAAAAAUCACAUCGGACUAAACACAGCGAUGUUGAUAUGAGAACUCGCCAUGGUAAAUAUGAUUCUAUGGAUAGUAUGGAUGUUGAGAAAAGUCUCAAGUCUGAAGUGGUGGUUCACAAAACGGGUGAUAGACCAAGUGACGUUGAAUCACAACGCAAACUACAGCGUCAGUACUCUCGGAGUUCUACAGGAAGUCACGGGUCAAGGAGUAAAAACGUGUCGGACACUCAUGGUGAUAACUGCGACACGGACAAAACGUCUAAGGGAGAGAGGACCAAAGCAUUACUGUGUGAUGAACGGAUUGUAAAACAUACCAAGGAUUACGACAAACAGCGACAGGCCUCACUGCACAAAGAUAAAAAUUCCAAAUCCAAGGACGACAGUGGAAGUAGUUCUGACUCAAGCUCUGAGAGCAGUAAUGACAACUCUGACGCCGAGGAAGGGAAAGAGGAGGUGGCAAAAGGCGCCUCUUCUGAUCUGAACAAGUUACAAAGUAAGAAACAACAACUGCUUCAACUCAUCAAACAACUGGACGAAACCGGGAGUGCCAGUGACGGUGACUCUCAGCAGGAUGAAGAGGGGAAGCGCCUGACAAAAAAGCCUCGUUUGGAGGAUGUUUUUGACUUGGAACGUGGACCAAAGUUAUCCUAUAGGAAAGUUAUACUGGAAACAGCAAGGGCACUUGAGGAGGAGAAUAAGGAUAUACAACAACAUUCUCAGCAGCAACUACAAAUGUCACAGCAGCAAAUCAUUCAGUUGUCAGAAACACAACACCCAAAGGAGACUAAACCAUUGGAUCCUUUUAAAUUUAAGCCAAUUGAUUCAACACAGAGCUUUAGGAAGCAAAUGGAAGCAAGGCGGAAAGAAAUGGAAAAGAAAACUUUAGGCAGAAUGUCACACCAUCAGGUUCGCCGAGGUCAUGGAGACAACAGCCAGUCAAAAUCCUUGGAUGAGGAUUUGUUCGAUAUGGGACCAGAAAACUCUCCAAAGGAUAUACCGUCAGAGUUUUUAUCUCGUAAACGUAGGUUAAAAACAACUGGAGAUUUAACAGAGCAGGAGUCUUUACAAGCCAAACGUUCAUACAGACUGAAAAGGACGGAAGAUAUAUUUAGCAGCAGUGGAGAUGAAGGGGACUCAAAGCAAAGUUCAACUUCGAAGUCUCCACUGCGAAAAAAUUUGGAUUCUAAUAUGGAUAUGCUUUCAAGGAAAUCUAAAACUCCGCUAAUCAGCCUUGAAGGAGAUACUGUACAGGUGGAUGUACGUAGAAAAAUGGAAGAAUUACGUCAACGGCGUGUCACAGAAAAGCGUCAGUCUACAGCGUCAGCAGAUAUCCAUGCUUGGAGUAUACAGGAGGCUCGCUUGGAAUAUUUAAAACGUGAUUUUCCUCUUUCUCUGCCGCUCCCAAGUUUUGCACUUCAGUCACAACAUUCUCUGUCACCCAAAGCCUCGCCCAAAUCAAUAUCAUCCCCAAAAAUACAAUCGCCACAAAUUUCACCAGGAAUUGCUAAACUCCAGUCACCUCCCUUUUCGCCAGGCAUAAAAGCAAUACAAAUGUUUCAACCCUCGACGAACCUCACAAAAACUGACGAUUCUCUGUCUAACGCUACACCUACUGAUGACAAAAUUGUUUCUAGUUCUACGACUAACGCGGAGUCGCUGGCUGGACCAGUGGCUCCCCCUAUGGACCAGCCUCUUGUUUUACCUGGCACCACACAGGCAGAACAGUCUGACACUGUCAGUGUGCCCUCUGGCACGGAUUCAUUGACAGCAACUUCAACAACAGCUUUGAAGGAAAAAGAUGGAGAUAUUGAAACUCCCAUGGAAACUGAGAAUACAGAGAUAGUUGAUGCUUCUAGUGUUAAUGUGAAUGAUGUGGCAGCCGAGACAAUUACAAAAACUUCGCCUGCCAGGGAUUCUGAUAAUUCUGACUUGUCUGAUCUGGAAACGCCAAACUCCCCAAACCGUCCAUCUCUGGAGGAGCGUAUAAGAGCCUUGGAUGAAAAACUGAGCAUGGCAUCCAGUUUACAGUCAUCUGUGUCAUUAUCAACUUCAACAAGAACUCUGGACUCUUCUACCCCACCAACAGUGACACCUAUAGUGGAUUAUAAUAAAUAUAGAAUUCGUAAACGCGGGGACUCGUUGUCAGCCGUCCCCAUGGUCCCUGUGACUGCGGACAAAGUCGAACCCUCGGACAUAGUAAAGACAUUGUUGUCUAGGUCAAGUAUAUUUGACCAGGAUUCCCGAAGGCUGGAACAGAUUCACGAGAAAUAUGAGCCAAAAGAUAACAUCUCUAAGUCCAUGGUUGGGGAGAGUAUUGCAGUGGUGGGUAAUAUGGUAGAAACCACUGACGUCAUGCUCCAGCAAAAACCUGGGUUUCGAACCAAAGGCGCGGCAAAGGAGUUACCAAACUUGACCCAAGCAGCGGCACAGCCCUUGCCAGGCACGCGUGUUCCGAGUCUGGCCAGUUCAUCACCUGUGACACCCAUGUCGACAUCCAGCGUCUCCACACCCUCUACCCCUCUGACACCCAGUACACCAGCGACACCUGGUGGAGCAUGUAAGCCGCAAACUUCUGCAGGCAUGACAGCUCCCGGCUGGAAACCAGUCACGGAUUACGCUGCCUUGAAGGCAGCAGCUCAGCAGCAACAACAGCAGCUGCAGAUCCAGACGCCCCCUACAGUUCCACAGGUCAUGUCCACAUCCCAACAACAGCCAGUCCCCCUGAAGCCCAUCCUCAAGAAGGAUAUCUCUCCCUCAGAUCCCAGGAAGGAAAGGUCAGCUCUGUACGCUUUGAAAACUGACACAGCUGUUAUGUCUGCGGCACCAGUGGGGGCAGCUGCGUCACCAGCCUUGCCAAGAAAGGACAGUACAUCGGCUUUUAACAGUGGUGGAGAUUUGUCACAUUCAGGGAGAACAGUUUCUGGGGGCACCUCUGUGGAGACAACGGCCCAUGCUGCCACAGCCACCAGUAAAGUGAAAGAAGAAUCGGUGCCAUCUAGUAAUAGGACACCAGCUCCUCUUGGUGUUGCCAAGGAGACUGCUGCCACGGAAACUCCCGGGGAGUUGUCUGCUGCCCCUAUGAAGAAGGACGUGCCCAGUAGGCCCGACCCCAGACUGAACAGUGGCAUUCUGGGAAAAAGGAAGGCUAAUGAUGACAGCGCCAAAAUGAAGGAGGAAAAUAGAAUAAGGGAAAAGAAACCAAAAGAUGUGUCUAACUCUGCAGGUGGCCUUCAAGAUUCUAAAAACUCUGCCUCUGUGAAUGUUGUGAAACCUUCUGAACCUGAGACUAAGAAACCCAAACUGCAAACUAAAGACAGCACUAACAGUAGUAGUAAUAGGGAGAAAGACAGGAAAGAGGGAGGAAAGGAGAAAAAAUCCAACUCAGUUCCAUCUAAAAAUGACAACAAAGAUUCUACAGGGGACUCGUCUCAGACCAAGGAAGUUGUUAAGAAAACCCAAAGUUCCUCCUCAGCAUCCUCGACAAGUAAGUCACAGAAAUCAGUUGAAAAGAAACCCACUAAAGAGGGCAGUGCAGAGCGUGGAGACAAGAAAAGCUUUCCUGAACCCACUAAAAAGGUCUCUAACAGAGAGAGUGAAAAGAAGGCCUCUGACAAGGAUGCCAAGUUCCAAGAUAGAAGCAAAGAAAGAGAUAAGAUGAAAGAUAGAAAGGACAAGUCCCACAGCAAAGACAGACAUUCCAGAGAAAAGGAAAAAUCAUCUGAGAAGUCAGUUUCCGAGAAAAACAAAUCAAAUGACAAAGGAAAUUCUGAGAAGUCAUCAGACAAAUCCAGCUCUGAAAAAUCCCUUGACAAAUUUGGCUCUGAAAAGAACUCAAAAGCAGAUAAAACAUCAUCAUCCUCUCAAGAUAAGGAAAGGGUUUCUGAUACAAAAAUGAGAGACAAAGAAAAAGAGAAAGCUGGAAUAAAAAGAGAAGCAGAGAAGAAAAAGAGACAAGAUGUUUCUUCUAGAGAUAAGGACAGACAAAAAGCUAAAGACAAUGACAAGGCCAGAGAUGGCAGUAAAGAGCGAGAAAAGCCAAGUUCUAGGAAUGAUGACAGAUCUAAGCAUGAGCCAUCACCGCCCAAGGGAAAAGACGAGAAGGAUAAACAAUCCGUAAAAUCUAGGGACACUAAGAAUGAGAAAACCAAAAAAGAAGUUGACAAAGAUACUUCAAAAUCAAAGCAAAAAGUGGAGAAAAAUGAAACCAAUAAGAAGGCUGCUGAUGAUGUGGAGACCUCAAAAGUCAAGAUGGAGGAAAAAAGUGGGAGACCUGCAAACAAGAAUACUGAUCAGAAGAAAUUUAAGGACAGUGGAGACAAGGGAUCGCAGAGCAGCUCACCACAUGCUUCAAAAACCAGCAAGUCUACAAAAGAGAAAGAUGCUGCUAAGAAAGAGCCCACCAAAGCUGAAAAACNCACCAAGGUAGACCAGACCAAGUCCAAUCCAAAGUCCACCCCAGCAAAGAGAGGCAACGACAGACAGCAAAGCAAAAGUGAUGUAAAGAAAUCCAAACCGAGCCAAGACAAGGCAGAAGAGAAAAGGACACAGGAGAGGGAGAAAGAGAAGGAAAAAAGCCAAAAGAAAAAACCCGAGCAGCAUCGUUUAGAUCCAGUCCUAUUUGACCUGACACGUGAACAGCGGGACUUACUGUCCAACAGUGAAGUGUUUGGUGACGGUUUGUUUGAACCAUAUGUGUCAAUGUAUGACAAAGUCAAGCGGAGAUCUAGCAUGAUUCAGGAGAACAAGCGACAACCCAAAAGCAGAGACGCAGGCAACAAGGCGAGCAGACGGCGCAGGAAAAGUGGGGAGUCGGACAGCAGCGAAGAUGAUGAAACUGGAACUGAUUCGGAGAGUCAGGAAGAUAGCGAAGACAAUUGGGGGAGAGGAAGUCCCAGGAAAACUGUGAAGAGAAGUCAGAGAAAAACAGGAGAAACUAAAACCAACAGGAUGAAGAAACCUAUUUUAGACAGCUCCUCUGAUGAGGACAGUGAUAAGGAAGAGGAAAACAGCGAGAAAAGUGCUGACUCAUCGUCUGACUUGGAAUCAGAGACUGUGUUGUCACGUGUCUCAAAGAAAUCUACAUCCUCCAAGGAGAAAGGCAAACAAGAUCCUGCGCCGAAAUCAAACAAGGCGAAGAAGAAACCAGUGCCCAAGAAGAAGACAGAAAAGGGAAAGUCAGUAGGGUUCACUACGGAUUCCGACUCUGAUGUCAGUAUCAAAGCCACUGUCAAGUCCACCACCUUGAGGAAACAAAAACAGUCCAUUUGGACUUCGGAUGAGGAUACCGACUCUAAUGCAGAUGAAGAGAAGCAAUCUCCAAAGGUUAAACCGUUACAUGAAACAAGUGAGAGUGAGGACACCGAAAUCGACCUACCUAAAGUUAGCAAGGGGAAAAAAGCAGUUGCAAAAUCAACAAAGAAGCAGGCGAAGCCAAUGGCCAUCUCUACAGAGGAUUCCUCUGGGAUUGAUGAAUUUAGUUUGCCAUCUACAAAGUCCAGUAAAGAGAAAUUGAAAGUCGGUGAUUACUUCUCUUCAGAAUCAGAAGAGACCGAUGAUGGUGCAGCAUCCAAGAAACAUGCCAAGAAAUCAAAAGCUGGAAAAAUGGAUGAAACUAAAGCAAAUAUUUUCAAGAAGAUAGCAAGCAACAAAGACACUCCUAGCAAGUCUGAAGAACAACCACAGUCAGAAGACGAAUCCAUGAAGUCACCCAAGAAAACACCCAAAAAGACCAAAGCUUUGAAGAAGAUGAUUGGGAAAAAAGAGCCCAUAAAAGAGACAACAAAAGAAAUACCAUUAGAGGUGAAAACCGAAGUUAAAUCCGAAGAAGACAGUGAUGAAGAAAUAAAUAAGAAAAAAGCAACCAAGACUCCAACAAAAGGUGGGAAAAUGUUUGAGAAAAAAAUGGAUGAAAAGAAAGCCAAUAUUUUCAAGAAAAUCGCUGCCAAUAAGGAAGCAGCAAAGAAAGUGAAGGCAAAAAGGGAAAGCACAACCGAGUCUGAGGAGACUCGAGGAGAAGACAAACUGACUGAUCAAAAUGAAAGCAGUAAGGACUCUGAUACCAAAUUACCAAUGCCCCAGCAAAUAAAAGCUGAGAAGCCAUCUGCUGACUCCGGUCUGCCUACCACACAUCUUAACAAGGAAUCUAAAUCAUGUAAAGGGGAGAGAGAGGAGGGAAAAGAAGCCUUUAUUGCGACAGUGGAUGCAAGUAAAAAGACUGUGAAGGGAAAGAAAGAGGCCCAACAAGGCAGUAAGGUUGGGAAGGUGGAGAGCAAGCAUCCAAGAUUAUCAGAAACUCAACCCACUGUACAAAAAUCAGCACAAUCUGGGGAACCAAGUAAUGCUAAUUUGUUAGAAAACGUUGUCCAAGGAAGUAAACCUGAUGCAAAGCCUGGUGAUGAAACUGUGGCCAAGAAAGAUGAAGAGAGAAAGAAGAAAAAGAAGAAACAGAAAGCAAGUAUACUGAAAGAUGACAUGACGGAAAAUGAACAUGAGCAAGCUAAAGCUACAGAAGACAAUGAACAUGAUGUAAGCGUGACUGUUGAACAAGGUCUGAAGGAUCAGUCCGCAAAGCAAGAUCAUGGUGAUUUCAAAAUAAAAGUGGAAAAAGAAUCAAGUCCUGUAGUUGAGAAGCAAAGUGAUGAUGAUAGGCUGGAAAACGUGCCCAUUGAAAGUGUUGCAGAAACGGUUGAAAUUCAGACAGAAUGUGGGCAAGAUAUGGAACUGCCAAAGCUACAUGAAACUUCCAAGGAAGAAAAAGGUGAGGAGGCAGAUAGUGUGAAUACCGCCGAUUUGGAAGUUCCCAUUGGGUCCCCUAAGAAAGCACAGAGAGUCGCAUCAAAGAACAAAGCUAAGAAAGGCACCGUGGGGAAGGAUGGAGAAAAAUCUGAUACCGAGCCAAAAUUAUCCGAUGCAAGCAAAAGAAAUAAAGCACCCCCUAAAGAGAAUGCUCAGCGAAACAUCAAAAGUGAUCCAGAUGAUCCCAUGGUUGAAGUCUCCAGUAAGAGCCAGUCUGAGCCUGUUCAGAAGAGUUCCUUAGACCUGAUAUUUGAUGAGAUCACGAGAGAGAGCGCCACUAUGUCAGCCGACGAAAGUAGCCAUUUGGAGGCUGCUUCUACUCCUGGUAAAGCUAAACCCAGGAGGAAAGCUGCACGCCAGAGCAACUUGGCUGCCAGCGGGGAUGACAGCCAACAGGGCAAAGGUCAGACGCAAGAGGCACCACCUGAGCAGUCAGCCAAUGAAACUUCUACAGCAGAAGCGGCAACGGAUGAUUCUGACUCUCCAAGGUCUAAACGGGGCAGGCGCACCAAACCCAAAGUUUACAGUCAAGAUUUCAUCACAACCCUCCCCAGGGUUAGUAGAACGCCAUCCCCUAAAGCGGCUUCUCCUAGAGCUACCAGGCAAGGGUCUGCCGCCUCUCCCAAAGCUGCUCUGACGCCGUCGAAGACGCAACCACCCCCAAAGGCUGCUGGGGCUACUCCUGUGAAAUCUGAGAAACUUGUACGAGGCAAAAAGGAAAAGGAGGCUGAAAAAUCGGGAGACACUGAUAAAGAGACCACCACCGAAACUAAAAGCAUGUCUGUAUUUGAUUGGCAGGAUUCACCAGAUUCCUCUCCUAUUCCACCAAUGAGAGUGCAGAAGACAUCAGUUUCUGAGUCAUCAUCAGAAGUUACACCUGGUGGUGAGCAGGCUGAUAAAACCAAGAAAAGCCGAGGGGUUCGCAGCGGGGUCAAAAAGAAGCCAGACACUCAAAACAGUGAGACCGACGGUGGCAGAGAGAAAGAUGAACCCAUUCUGGACCCUGUCACUGGGUUGUUCAGGGACAAAGAAGGCAGAGUUUGCCCAGGGUAUGGAGUUACCGAAGAGGAAGAAAAAUCCCAAGAAGCUGAUGAAAAUUCCCUCAAUUCUAACGAGUUGGAGUUAAGUCAGCCCACAGCAGAAUCUAUCGCAGAAGAUGCUUGUGCUGUGAGCGCUCUUUUGGCCAUGUCUGAUGACAUUGUUCCCACGCCUUCAGCGGCCUCAGAGACGCCAUCAUCAAACCAGGCUACGGCAAUUGAGGAUGUGUCUCAACCUGCCCCGUCUCAAGGUCUUGUGAAAGUUCCAGAGCCAGCGCAAACCAAACUGCCAGCUGUAUCCACAGAAAACCCAACGCCAGUGGCGGCUGUGACUUCAGCAGCUCCCGUAGUGCUUAGUAACAUCGACAAGGUCAUUGAUCAGGUGUCCAAGGGGGAGUUUGAAGACUCGGACUACGACGUGAACUCAGAGCUGUACCAGUCCCGAAUGAACAGCCGUCGUCGCAGCUCUGAUGUGAGGCAUCUCUCAGGGGAUGGCCCACGCACACCGCAGACCCCACAACACGUGCCAGCACACCUGAGGUCCCCGCCCCACAUUCCACAUCCACUGACAAGCCCGCAGGCGUUACACAUGGACACCCACAGUAAGCCCAGCGAGAAGGAAGUGGACACCGUCCGCUCCUCUGUCGAGGCUGGAGAACCGUACGUCCAGUCUCCUACAGGACUGAUGAUGUCACCAACCUAUCACUACUCACACGAGAAGAUGCCUACGCUGCCGAUAAAGACUGAUGUCCACAUGGGAGUGGUGCAGGGGGCGCCACACGCCAUGGGUCAAGUGGAACGCAGCCCCACUGGCCAGGUGAUAGAGAGAGUUCCUAACCCUAGCAUCAGUGUAGCUACCAGUCAGGCCCCUGUACCAGGCCCCAAACAUCCCACAAGUAAGGGGAUGCCAGAGUACCAGAAAGGGCUCCCAUCCCAAGGUUACUGGGACCACACAACAAUGGGGAUGCCGCAGUUCAUGCAGGGGCGACCCCCUGUUUCUUCAGAGGGCAAACCCCAAGGUGAGGGGUUCCCUGGUUAUCCUGCAGGGAUUCAUCCUCAGAGACCCCCAGUGGGAGAGCCACAGAGCUCAUCUUCUCACCUGUCACCAAGUGCACGCGGACCACAGCAGCAUCCGCCAACAUGGCCGCCAGCUACCCAGGGGCACUUGCAUAAUCAGUCCUUAGAUGCCAGGAUUCCCACGCCGGCACAGAGGGCAGGGACCAAAGAGGUGCCUCCUGUCUCUCAACCAGCUGAUAUCAGGCCGUUGACCCCCUCUCAGCGUGCGAGGCAGGAGGCGCGGGGUGUAGUGGACACCCAGCAUCAGGCACAAUAUCGCAGAUCUCCAGAGAGACCACCGCAGCAGAAACCUCCACACCAAGAGUUCCGUGUACCUGUCACCUCCGCUGCUCACGCAGAGUCUGUGUCCUCACUCCACCAGCCACAGACCUCCACCAACGCCACACCCAGUGCCCCACCACCCAUAACAGGAGGUCAAUUCUCUCCACGCGCCUCCACGCCAGGGUCUUCCCAGCAUCCUCCACCCCCAGCGCGGGGUCAACCCAUGCAUCACCUGGCUGAGCAGCAGAGGAGGGGCACGCCAGGUCACGGGCAGCAGACCCCUGAGGUCCAGGCCACCCAAGCUCCCCAGGGACAGGACGUGAGGGUGCCCAUGUCUGAGACUAUGCAAAUGAGACAGCAGCCAUCCAGUCCUAGGGCACCAGGGCACAGUGGGGUGGCCCAAGAGACGGGCAUGUACAGGCAGCCAGUGUCAGUGGCGCAGGCUUUAUCUCACCACUAUCCCCCAGGGAUGUACCCCCCAGGGAUGCUGCACGCCACCCCAGGGGGUAGUGCCCCACCCGCCCAGUCCCCUCACUCCCUACAGCAGGCCAGUGAGCUCCGCGCAGUCCUCAAUCGACCAUCUUUGAUCGCCCAGCACCAGGCGCAGCUUCAGCAGCAGCUGUAUGUGAGACCACCACUUCACCACCAGGUGGAGUCCACGCAGUCUCCCGGUGGAGUGAAGAAUCUUUCUCCUGUCGUUGGGCAAGGUGCCGUGGGGACGCAUACUACUAAGGAAGGAAGGGUAGCACCACCGCCUAAUAAUCAGCCUAUAGAGAGCCGUGUGCGUAUGUCCCAACCUGGAGGGCCAUAUGGUGAGAUGCGGGUUACGCAAGAAGAUGGCCGCAUUGUAACCUUGCCCAGUGCCUUUGCCACGCCUAAUGGCGGCCGCCUGGGAUUGGUGGAUGCUAGAGCCGAACUGAAGCAGAGGACAGCAGCGCACCCCUCUGUGGCGCACCCUGACCCCAGGGCCCCCAUGGCCGCUCAUCUGCCUUCAGAGUUCUUGAUGCAGCAUGGAGGGAUGAUGCCAUACCCGCACACAAGUUUAGCGGGUCACAUCGGCGUCCCUCCACACCUGGACCCACGAAUUGUGAUGGCGGGGGGACAACACCACCCGGAGUUAAUUGCGCGCCAGGGACCACCCAUGAUCCCCACUGUUGUGGCGCAGCACCACCUGGCGGCUUUACAAGAAGCCCAGUCGCGAACGCCUGACAGUCAGCCCAUUUCAAGGCCACCUUCUCAGUUUGAGUUGCCAAAUCAACACUCGUCCUCGCCAGUGUACAGCUCUGCACAGGCAGCGGUGCCGCCACACAUGGCGCACAUUCCCAACAUGGCGGAGAGAGCAGGGGGAUUAGAAAUACCUCAACACCCUGACAACCUGUUAAGCUUGCUUAAUAAAUACCCCGUGAUGUGGCAAGGCAUGCUGGGAUUGAAAAAUGACAGCGCCAAUGUGCAGAUGCACUGGGUUGCAGGAAACGACAAGUUGGUGGGUGUGUCCCUGCCACAUAUGGCAGCAGACGGUCUCCCAUGCAUCCUGCGAAUUGCACAGAGAAUGCGCUUGGAGCCUUCGCAGCUGGACGGAGUGGCCAGAAGAAUGGAGAAGCACGAAGACUACUGCAUGAUGCUUGCGCUGCCCAUGGGGCGCGACCACGCAGAUGUAAUAAGUCAGACCCACGGCUUGAAGACGGGAUUCAUACAAUAUCUGCAACAGAAGCAGGCGGCCGGAAUAGUCAAUGUGCCAGCUCCUGGAUCAACUCAGCCGGCUUACGUCGUCCACAUAUUCCCACCCUGUGAAUUCAGCCAAGGCAAUCUGGCCAGGAUGUCACCUGACUUGUUGCAGAACAUAAGAGACAUGGCGCAUCUUCUGAUCGUCAUAGCAACAGUUUAGACUUACUGCCAGCGAGUGACAGAAAUUGGCACGUAGCCAAGGACAAACUUGUCAUGGUUUAGACUUGACUUUUGAUGGAUUCUUGCGCUGUGUGAAAGAAAUCUAGCAAUCCUGGUAAUGCUGAUAGUAAAAGCCAAUCUGGGGGCAAGUUUCAGCAUAUUUCAAGAUGAAGAAUUGUUACACUAGACUAUGUUGUAGAACUGGUGUCUUGUCUUACCCAUAGGUGUCAGCACCCAAGAUAUCAAACAAGAUGAGACUUAUUGUUAUCUCAUGCCUGUAAAUGUACAAACGUUGGGACCGAUUUGGUAAAAUGUUUCCAUGGAAACUGAAUGACACAAAUGGAGACCUGCACAUUAAACUUUGCUGUAUAGAGGCUUUGACAUGCAGAUGUGCGCAUUGUGAACUGAAUUUUUAUACCCCAACAGAGAAGUUUCCUUUGUCAUCAGUGGGUCAGACACAAUAAUUAAGUUAAAUUAAUCAGACCCCAGUUUUCCAGAACUAACAAACUAGCCAUCAUUGCUGUCCAGUUAACCAAUAUUCCUGCAGUAGUACAGGAUAAAUGAGUUCAGCUUGAGAGGUACAAACUUCUGAUAAAUUAACAUUAGCUAAUGUUCUGAGACAAGAGAUGGUUAUUUACUGACAAAUAGGUGUGAUACUAGCUUGUAUUGAAUACGGUGCCCCUACAGUCCAGUUAAUUAACAAAGUAUUUGCAUCUUUAUUAGUGGUGAUUUUGACCUUGACACCAGAGGUCACCUUUAAUUAGUUUGUUGUUGUCAACAGUUCAUCUCAGGGUAGACUGGAAGAAAAAUUACUUUGAUCGAGGAAAUUGUGAAAUUGUCAACAUUUCCAUUGUUAUUAUGUAAUAUAGAUCUCAUCGGCAGCACAUUAAUGUUAUUAUUACUUUUAUUAUGACUUUGUGGUGUUGUAUACUUGGAUUCAUAUCAAAUAUGGUUAGCCUGUCUUGAAUACAGUGCCCCCUACAGUCCUGUUGUUGGAGGCUUUAAGACAUGGUAAAUGUUGUUCAGGUUGAAAUAUUAUAUUGCUUCAGAUUACAGUGCCCUGGGCAAUAGUUUCUGUUGCUUAUAUUUCUUGGAAAAAUUAAGGUCAUGUCACCAUGGCCUUUUAAUUCUUUAGGAGAUGAUUUUUUUCAUUAAUUAAAGUGUAUUUAUUGAGUAAAUUGUAGGUUUAAAAAUAGGCCAUUUCUGAGCAGUGUAAAUACUGGUGUACAUAAACUACUACCCAAGGGUGGUAAAAUGAGAUGUGAUUAAAAUUUCUAGCCAACUAUAUGUGUAAAUUAUGUUGGGUUACUCUGAAAUUUCUUUAAAACAACAGAGGAAUUGAGCUUUGUUGUUUCUUAGAACGAAAUUGAAGUAGAUGAAAUGAAUGACACAUGUUGUAAUGAAACGUGUGUCCUUUAAUGUGUAAAUUCAUUGUAUAUAAGAGCGUCUAUUUUUGGUAACAGUAUAUUUGAUUAUAUAACUCGAGCUGCUUCUGUAUUCACCUCUGUAGAAUUAAUUUGCUUACUCAGGAGUAAGGUAACAUUGAACCAGCGACAGCUUGGACCCCCCCUCCCCUUACUAACACUGACAGUACAAAUUUCAGAAAGACGUGAGAACAUUUCCAGUCUAGAAUUAUAAAGUUCCCAGCACCUGUUCCCAUAAGGUAACCACCUCACAUUGGCCACCCCCAGGGCAAACUCCAGGGUCGCGUAAUUUUUUUAUCUCUGAAGUUUGCAAAAAUAGAAAGUUUACAUAAUUGCGCUAGCUUUUCUAGUGGUAAAGGGAUCACACUGGCUUGUUUUUACAGAGAAAGUUUUCACAAAGAGAAAUGUAGAACAUAUAUCAAGAUAUGGAAAUUCUUUUGAUAUGUGAUCAUGUGUUGAGACUAACCCUGAUGUUUUUGAUAGUAAAGCCAGUAAAUAUGAGAUAUUGAAACUAUAGUGCCUUAGUUGCUGUAAGAAUUUUGCUUAAAAGCCCUCUUUAAAGCAGUUGAGAUCCAACUUUAAUAAGAUUAUCUCUAUUCCUUUGGAGGUCAAGCACUGAAUUAAUGGGCUGAGAACUAUAACCCCUCCCCCCCAAACCACCUUAUUGUACUUGAGUACAUGUAUACAUACAUACAUACAUACAUCAGACCUAAUCAUGAAUGAACACAAUAUCACCUUUGACAACAUUGUGAGAAAACCUCAUCACUCUGCAACCUUUAGAUCUGUCGUUUAUACAUUUAACAUUGUCAGUUGUUAGAUAUAUGGGGUUAACCCCAGCCCUCUCUUAAGGGGGUUCCCCCUUGCCCCACCCAACAUCUGUCUUUGUAUAUAAAACAUUCAGAGAUUGUUAAUUAAAAAGGCACUUGUUGUUUAAUGAGUGGUGUCAUAACUGUCCAAGUUGUAGAUGUUAAAAAAGAGUUUGGCAGUCAUGACAUAAUUAAGACAAUUAACUUUGUGAAUGAAUAAAAGUCACUUGAUGUA